AUGAGCUCGGAGGAGCACCCCACGGGCCCCGCGUGCUCCCUCUCGCACGGCCUCAACUGCUCGCUGCCCGCCCACUCCGCGCACGUGGCCGCCGCCGUGGCCGCUCUGCUCGCCGCGACCACGUGUUGCACGGUGCUGGGCAACGCCGUCGUGGUGACCGCUGUGGUCACCUUCAGGCAACUCCAGACGCGCACCAACGCCUUCACGCUGUCUCUGGCCGUGGCCGACCUUCUGGUGGGCCUCCUGGUCAUGCCGUUCAGCGCCACGCGCUCGCUGUACGGCUGCUGGUUCUUCGGGGCGACCUUCUGCAAGGUGCACACGUGCAUGGACUUCCUGUUCACCACCUCGUCCAUCUUCCACCUGUGCGCCAUCGCCUUCGACCGCCACGUGGCGAUCUGCGACCCCCUGCGCUACGGCGCCCGCGUGAGCCGCCGCACGGUGGCUCUGCUCGUGGCGCUGUGCUGGCUCGUGGCUCUUCUCUACGUGGUGCCCAUCAUGCUCGGCUGGAACCUGGUGGGGAUCGAGGAGGAGGUGGCGCGCUCAUCCUGCCCGGGCAACUGCGAUCUCUACCUGAACACCGCCUUCGCGCUCACGUCCGCCGCGUGCGGCUACUACGCGCCCAUGGUGGGGAUGGUGGUGGCCUACGCAAGGGUCUACUCCGUGGCGAGGGCGCAGUCGCGACGCGUCCGCGCGGAGGCCAACAGAGACCGCGGCGUGGGUGAGACGUCACUCAAGCGCGAGCACAACGCCACCAAGACGCUGGGCAUCAUCAUGGGCGUCUUCCUCGUCCUCUGGCUCCCGUACUACGCCUCGAGCAUCGCGAGCGCCUUCUCCGCGAGCAGCGCCAUCGACCCCGUGGCGUGGGACGCCUUCUUCUGGAUGGGCUACUCCAACUCGGCCAUCAACCCCGUCCUCUACGCGUGCUUCAACCGCAGCUUCCGCGCUGCCUUCCGCCUCCUGUUCAGCCGACGCGCCUUCAAGGCGAGCGCCAGGCGGCUAGACCUGAGCGAGUCGUGA